UGACUGCGCGGUGGGUGGUGCCAGGGACUGCUAUCUAUUUCGAACAGCUACACGACUCAUAGUGUACACAAUAAGGAGACUUUCUGAAUUGUAAAACUGUUUGUCCGCUGCUAAUAACUCCCACCACAACAUGGCUGAGACGGACCCCAAGUCGGUGCAGGACCUCACCAAUGUGGUCCAGACGCUGCUGCAACAGAUGCAGGACAAGUUCCAGACCAUGUCCGACCAGAUCAUCGGGAGGAUUGAUGAGAUGAGCACGCGCAUUGACGACUUGGAGAAGAACAUCGCCGACCUGAUGACCCAGGCUGGCGUUGAGGAGAUUGAGGCGGCACCGGAAAAGGCUAAAGAGGGUCAGGGGUCAUAAUGAAGGUUCUCAAGUGUCUCGGCGUGAAGUCUGUCCGACAUUCAGGAGCAGCAGACUUUUCGAUCCUGAAAAUGACUAUUUGAUUUGGUGUGUCGUCGUGUGAAAUGCUUUUUUAUAUAUUGAAUAUUGUGAUAAACGGUUAGUUAUAUAAUGACAUAAGAAGUUGAACAUCAUUUGUAAGUUAGAAUAGUGCGAUAUGCCCUUCAGAAACAUGUGCAGAAAUGCAACCUAAGGAUUUGUAUGCAGCGACCCAGAUGAAUUCUCUCCGCCAUCAUGGAUCGUAAUUAAUAAAAGGAUGGCUGACGGGGACAGCUUUGCCCUGGCCGGUGUUGAGAACAACCUGCAGGCUCAGAGGCCAGUGGAACCGCCAUCCCUACUAACAUGGAAAGUGGGCACAUCUGAAGCAUGUGGGGAUUUACAAACGGCACUGUUAGACAAUGCUGUGGGAUGCAUUCCAAUUUCAACAGAUGUUCUUCUAUUAAAGCUAUUUAAUACAGUGCGUUGUCAUAUAUUACAUAAUAAAUAUUAGGCCAGGUGUAGAGUGAAUUAAAAAAUAUAAAUAA